AUGGACCAACGAACCCGGCUACAGAAGGCCUGCGAUGCCUGUAGUAUCAGAAAGGUCAAGUGCGACACCAGCGGUCCCCCCUGUCGCUCGUGCGCGAGCCUGAAUAUUCCUUGUACAUACGAAAGGCCGACUCGACGACGUGGCCCGCCAAAUCGCCAUGCCGAAGCUUUCAAGAAACAGAAGCUUGGAGAGACGCCGGCGCCUUACGGCGCCUCGAACUCGCCUUCACCGGAUCAUGCCUCCCAGUCAUCGCCCUCUUUGACGGGGAAUGGCAUUCCGGCCACCGCAGUCACGCUAUCUCUGGAGUCGAUUUGCUCUCUGCCCACGAUCCAAUUGCUUGUUGACGACUACUUUACGUAUAUUCACCCGCUGGUCCCGGUCCCCCAUGAACCCACAUAUCGCGCUGCCCUCAGCCGGAGGGAAGACCUCACUCACAACACCUUUUUAGCCAUGACGGCCGGCAUGAUCGGAUCAUUGGUGGCGUCGUUCCCACGAAGACCGAAACUGCAUUUGAAACCCGAGGAAAGGGCGGCCUUCCCACAUUCUACUGCCUUGGUCAAAAGGUGUCGUGACAUAGCUGUUCAAGCGCGGGGAUCUGGAUAUCUCGAUCGCACGCCAACUGUAUACGAUGCUGCUACCAGCUAUUUUCUUGGUCUCUGUUCUGGCUACGUCUGGAACAUCCGGGCAUGCAGGUCCUACCUUGCAGAGUGCAUGACGAUGCUCCAUGUUUAUAACCUGUGCAACGCGCCCCAGCCCCGUCUUCCGCCAAUGGGUCCCACAAGCCCGGCUUCUUCUGCCUCGUUCCAGUCGCAGGAUACGCUAAAUGAAACUCCGGUCAGCACUCUCGACGUGGAGCUUGGCCGCCGUCUAUUUUAUACAACGCUGGUCGGUUACCGGACAUUGCAGCAGAUGGGCUCUCACGACUCGGCACUCCAUGUUCCUCCUGAAACUCCAACAGAGCGCUACCCCCCUCUACCUUUAGAGGUGGAUGAUGAAUACAUGUUUCCAAACCACGUAGAACCGCAACCGGCUCACAGGGUCUCCCGACUUGUGGGAUUCAAUGCCAACGUGCGCGUUUACGGCUCGUACAAUCCGAUAUCGGCUUGGGAAACCGCUUUCGGAGCAGGGCAAAUAUUCGACUGGGAUCGGCAAAGGGUUGUCAUAUACGAAUGCUUGCAGAAAAGCAAACUGGCGCUAGCGAAUGUCCCAAGGGAACUGUCGUUAUUUAUGACGGAAGGUGACCCCUUGGGCCAGGAGGAGGAUGUCAAGAUGGCGCUUGAUAACGAAGACUUCGGUUCGUCGGAGAGACGCCAUGUUCAGUAUGAGAUACAAAAGGCCAAUAUAUACGCCAGCCAGCUUGCGACUCGAUCAUACUUGGUGGAGAAGUACUGGAGUCUUCAUGAAGCUUGGAAAAUGUAUCAAACCCAACCCAAUGAACCUACUCCCAUGGAUUCAACAGUGGCGAAUGGAAGCGGCCCAACCGACCAUAUUAGCAAUAUCAUGAUUGAAGAGCGACGACUGGUGAUUGGAGAUCUCUUUGUCCUCCUGCAGUCCGUCAACGAGAUAAAUAUGGAGCCUAACGGCGCAAGUGUGACAUCCAAAAUCCGCCAAAUCGCAUCCACCUUAUUAGAUUUAUCCAAAUCCACAUCCACAUUCUCACCCACUCCGACCGUGGCGGGGCCUCAAACCCUCACCAGAGCCGAAGCAGAGAGGUAUUUAUACGCAUUUAUAGAUACCCUGGUUCGCCUGGAAGGCUUAGGUUCAGUCGCGAAGGCGCCUGCUAGUCCCCAGACACAGGGCCGAGCAAUGAGCUACCUCAGUGACCAUGAUCGUGACGAAGAGGAAUUGCGCCAAUGGGCCAGUUUGAAGGCGUACCAGGCCAAGUUUGCAGAGGCAGGUGGCUUAUUAUCUGAAAUUUGA